AUGAUGCUACGAGUGGCGAGACUAACUGACGAUGCCGACUACGAUUCCGGCGAAACGUUUGGAAAUGUACCGCGUCCACGACUGGCGCAGCGCCUUCUUCCCUUAUCUGAUCUUAAAGCGAAAGUCGAAGAGCUGAAAAAUGAUAACAAUCUUCUUGUCAAGCAAAAUUCGAAGCUUCGCGCUGAGGAUUCUGGCUUUACUGAUCUGGGAUUGGUUACCUUCUUUAAAUGUGAAUUUGCGUCAUCAAUUCAAUUGAAUUCCACUCUCUGCUUGUUCAUUUUUCCAUAA